AUGUCGAUCCGCGGCAUGGUGACGGGAGGGGGGGGAUGCUCCGUGCCGGGCGAGCGGCCGUCGGCGUCGAGCAGCAACCCGCUCGGCGCGCUUGCGGACUCCAUCCUGGGCUCUGCCGCCAAGCAGCAGGAGAGGGUUCGCGAGCUGCCGAGCCUGGCAGGUCCUGGCCAAGCCUCGGGCAGCAACCUCUUCGGACCGGCGGAAGCAGGAGCAGGCCCGGCGAUGAUGCCGAUGCCAGGAGCUGACAUGCAGAGCACUAUGGGCGGACCCAUGGGGGCCAUGGGGGGCAUGGGGCCGUCAAUCCAGGCGCAGCAGUUCCUAUCCUCCUUCCACGCAGCAGGCCCGUCAGCAGCGCCCGGGCCACCCGAUGCUCAACUGGAGGCCCUGUGGAACGAGGCUCAGCACGCCCAGGCCUUGCCGCCAGGCAUGGCAGCAGGCAUGGCGCCGCCGGACGCAGCAGCAGCGGCGCAUUUCCGCGAGUUUGAGCAGAUCUUUGGCGGCAUGUCGCUGGAUGGGGGCGCUGCUGCUGCUGCCAGUGGCGAUGCUGCCAUGCAGCCACCUGCAAGUGAGUCACCUUUGUGGAUGCUUAUGAGGGGUUGGAUGUACUCGGUUCAGUGCAUGCCUCCUGCGCUCAUACCUCUCCGUUUCCUUGUGGGACUUUGUCUCCGGGCUGCCCCCCCAGCAGCAGCAGGCAGUGCGCGCCCUGCUACACUCCUUCCUCUCCUCCACACAAGCGGGCAUCCCGCUCCCCGCGCACCCCCACGCGCCCCUCCCCCCUCUCGCGCACCUCUCCCCCGCGGACCGAGCACGCAUCCGCAACCGCUCCUCCAUCCUGGCCCGCCACGUGUUUGCCCAGCAGGGGGGGCGGGCGCGCAGGGGGAGGGCUUUGCCUCCGCGCAGGUGGCCGCGCUGCUGCGCUCCCUGGGCAUAGAGGACCUGGGGGAGGGUGCGGGGGGCGCGGAGGGCGCGCUCAUGGGCGCGCCUGGCCCUCUGGGAGGCAGGUUCCGCGAGUUUGAGGACUUUUGGAAGGAUGCGGGGGAGGUGGCGGGUGGGGAGGGGAGGGUGGCGGGUGCGGGUGGAGGGGGGGGCGGAGGGGGGUGGGUGGGGGAGUUUGAGGCGCAGCAGCAGCAGCGGUGGCGGGAGGAGGGGGGGGAGAGCAGCAGCACGGGGUGGGCGGACGAGUUUGCCGAGGUGGGCAGGGAUAUGAGCCUCAAGAGCAGAUUGUGGGACUGGCAGCAGCAGCAGCGCGUGAGGGACGAGGCGAGGGCGGAGGGGCCUCGCAGUGAAGCAGAGAGGGUGGCAGCGAGGCAGCAGACACAGCGCAUUGUGGACACACUCGCCCAGGACCCCAACCCCAAGUUCCAGCAAUCCAAGUUCCUGCAGUUUGUGUCGAAGAUGAGUCGCGGCGAGCUUAUAGCUGAGGAGGGCGGAGUGAGGGAGGUCUCGCCAGCAGAAGCAGCGGCGGCGGCAGCGGCAGAGCAGUGGGCGAGCGAGUUUGAGAACCUUCACCAGCACGAGCACGUGCACUCCCAUGCCAUCAAGGCGGACGCUGACUGGGCCACUGAGUUCGCUGCUAGGAACGAGUCAUCGACAUCACUGGACUCGAGGGACUGGGCGGACGAGUUUGCGCAGCAGAUGGCACACACACACCCACAUGGGCACACACACACGGAGGGCGAGGGCGUGGUGGAGGAUGGCGACCCCAGCGCAUGGCUCGAGUCGUACGAGCGGUACGUGGAGGAGCAGUUGAGGGACGAGCAGCAGAGGAGGGCGGAGUCGUCAUCAUCGCGCUGGCCCUACGCUUUUGCCGAUAAGAACCCCUAUGUGGGCCAUGCGCAGCCCUUCCAGCAGGGGCAGGACCUCUUCAGGCGAGGGCUACUGAGCGAGGCGAUACUGGCGCUGGAGGCGGAGGUGCUGCGCAAUGAGAACAACGCCGAGGCCUGGCGCCUGCUGGGCGUCUCCCAUGCCGAGAAUGAUGACGACAGACAGGCCAUAGCAGCCAUGACGCGCGCUCGGGAUGCGGACCCCACCAACCUGGACGUGCUGCUCGCCCUGGGCGUCAGCCACACCAACGAGCUGGAGCAAGCAGAGGCGCUGUACCAUCUGCGCAGCUGGCUGCAGAACCACUCCAAGUACAAGUCCCUCGUGCCGCCCUCCGGCCCUGCCUCCAUGUCCCACUCCGAUGUGGUGCAGCUGUACACGGAGGCAACUCGCAUGGCGCCAGAGGAUGCCGACCUGCAGGUGGUGCUGGGAGUGCUGUUCAACCUCUCCCACGAGUACGACCGUGCCAAGGCAGCCUUCCGUAGGGCCCUUGCGCUGCGCCCCUCCGACUACUCGCUCUGGAACAAGCUGGGCGCCACACAGGCCAACAGCGCCCAGUCCGCUGAAGCCAUUGAGGCGUAUCAGAAGGCUUUGGAUCUGAAGCCGAAUUAUGUUCGUGCAUGGACAAACAUGGGCAUUGGAUAUGCCAACCAAGGGAAGUACGAGGAGUCGGCUCGCUAUUAUGUGCGUGCAAUUGCGAUGAAUCCAACGGCAGAGAAUGCGUGGCAGUACUUGAGAAUCGCGUUAAGCUGCGCUGGAAAGGCGGAGCUACUCCCAGCUUGUGAUGCCCAUGAUGUGGAUGCUCUUCAGAGGGAUGAAGUCCCUGCAGUUUCUGGAGAGAACAUUCACAGCUCUGCACUUGUCUGCAACGCUGAAAGCAAUCCGAGGGAGCUGAAGCCAGUUAUCGAUGGCCAAAUGCAAAACUCCCCGCAACUGAUCGCAUACUACUCUCCUUCUUCAACACCCAGGACGCCAGGCUCCUCCAGCUCGUUUCGGUGCUCGCCUGUACGGAAGCUUCCCGCUCUCUCACCUAUCGCCGAAGUCCGCUCUCCACACAUAAUUGGAGCUCCGGUGUCUCCUCCACCUCUCACAACCCCUGUCUUCUCAUCAAUCCCGCCGCUGACAAACAUUAGCCCUGAUGGUCAAGCUGGCUCGCCAGACUCAGCCGUGUCUGCAGAUCCUAACGCAGGCCCUUUCACAAUAAGCCAGUGGCAACAACUAGAGAAGCAAGCUCUGAUUUUUAAAUAUAUCGUUUCUGGUGUUUCUCCUCCACAAGAUCUUGUUGCGUCACUUUACGCAUCCCCUGAUACCUCCAAAGGUCCUCGGGAAAGUGAGCGAGGCGAGUGGAUGCACCCGAUGAGGCUUGACUUGGAGCCUGACAGGUGUCGUCGUACUGAUGGGAAGAAGUGGCGGUGUUCUCGAGAGGCCGUGAAAGAUCAGAAGUAUUGUGACCGUCACAUGCAUAGAGGGAGAAAUAGGUCGCGGAAGACGAAUGAAAACUGCACUGCAGGCUCUAAUGCAUCCAUCGCUGCUGCGUCGUCCGAUGGACCUGCGUCAGAAGUAGCAGGCGGAAUCAACGCUGCGACAAGCAGCAUCGCUGAGAGUGCUAUCACGCAGACAAGGCAUAAUGAGCAUGCAGUCGUUUCUGCCUCGGAGCGCAAGAAUGACUCAAGAUGCGAAUCAAGUGCUCAAAUGGGAGAACGAUCAGCUCUACCGCCUCUCACGUUACCUCCCCCGGUUCAUCCAAUGGGCGCAGCACAAGUGGAGCCAUCUUCAGGACUCAACUCGCGAGCCACUGCAACAUCAACAUGGCAGACGAAUCCGACAACUUUCCAGUCACAAGCGCAGCAAGAGCAGCACAGCAUGCAACAUCCACCUCAAGACCAGCAGGCUGUGCCUCAUUCUGGAGGCAUGAAUCAAAGCAUAAACUGCAGCACUUCCAGUCGUGUUCAGCAAUAUCAGCUGAGUGGCAACCUUGGUCCUCGGUUCACCUCCUCCUUCCAGCCUGUGCAGCCGCUGCAAGUUGAGAAUACCACGGCCGGAACCCCUUCAACAUCCAAAUCUCUUGGUGUCAGCUCGAGCAUCGUGGGUUUGAACAGCGGUCCUACGCAGUCUGGUAACCAUGGGACAGCAGGCGGACAACUCCAGCCUGGACAUUACCAGAUCCAGCAUACCCCAAGAGCUGCUAUAUGGGAGAGGGAUGGAGAUGAUGAUACCCCUGGAAGCAGUUCAAGAGUCCCACUUCUUCGUCUGCCAAACAUGUUGCAGAGGUCAGCGUCAUUACAGAUAGCUUCAUCUUAUUCUGACAAGUCACACAUUGGCCAUCACCUGAGCUACGCUCCAGCUCCUGUGCGUAGCGUCGUCGUCCGGCCAAUCAGAAGCCAACGCCUGAUUGCUGUCUGCGCGGCUCGUUCCCCCAAGUCCACCGAUGCCGCUCCCGCGCGUCGCCCCGCGUCCGCGCCGUUCCGCCUGCUCUCCGCGCCGGUGGCGGCGCUCCCGCUGGUGCUGGCGUUCGUGGAGGCGGAGCUGCCCAACGCGAUAGACACCUUCACGGCGCUCUCCGACUUCCACAUCACCGAGCCCGCCUUCAAGGCCUUCUACAUGAUCUUCACGUGCGUCUUCUGCUGGGGCGCGCUCGUCUUCGGCUCCAUGAACGACGAGUACUACGAGAGCGACGAGUACCGCAAGGCGGGCGGCAACGGCACCCAGUUCUGGAUCUACCAACGGGUCAGUCGCACGCCCAUGCCAUAG